AUGUGCAAUUUUGUCUAUAUCGGGUUACUGUGGUGUACGGUAGCCGUCGUCAACGGUGUCGUCCAGCGGUCGGACUGCGUCGAGACCUGCGGACAUCUCGAAACGAGCCAUGAGUUUGGAGAUUGCCUCAAUGAAUGCUCGAAGAAGCCAAGAAGAGACAACGUGGCGGAUAGUACACUGUUCGCCACCCCUCCAUGGAAUGUUUCCAUUCGAACCAAUGUGAUCAUGGAUGAAGGAAAAAUUUUGGAAACUGAAGUAGCAUGGGAAGCCGAUGAUCAAGAUUCUCGUCGUACAGGAUUUUAUGUUCGUUAUAGUGCAAAAAGCGCUGAAUGCCAAAAACAUUUUGCCGGCUAUUUCGCCUCAUCACUUCCGCCGACGACUCGCUCGCUUACCAUUCCCACUGAAUUCAAUGGUCAUCCAUUGAUUGUCGAUCACGGAUGCACCUACAUUUUCCAAAUUCGCUCGAUUCCUUAUCCGACCGGCGGUGAAGCAUUUAUUGUGGAACAAUCGCACACGGUUCCUGAAUGCAUUCAAGAGUACUGCAGCUGUAAACUCGGCGAUGUGGCGGCAAUUCAAAAUUUGCGCGUCGACGAGCAAAACGGGAUAUUUCGAAUGAAAUGGGAAUUCGACGAGCGAGAAAAUCGACAAUACACGUUUUAUGUCGAUGUCUAUGAAAGAAUUACGAUUCCGUUUAAAUCUGCGGAUGUUUCUGAAAAUCCCUACACCUACCGAAUUGCGAACGCUGAUUCGUUUGCGGUUUCGGCGAGAGACGCCAAAGGUCCGAAUAAUGAGCUCACCUACGAGAUUCCAUUCGAUUUCCAACAAUUUCAUCAUUAUAAAAUUGGAAUUUUUGCGGUCGACAAUCAGUUUUGUCAUAACGACGAUGCUUAUUAUUUUUUGGAUACUUUGAAUUUCACCAGAAUUCGAGAAGAAAUUCAGCUGCCACCAAUGAUUGUGCCGGUGACGAGUCAAUCCCAGAACGACGUCAUCUCAAAGACGGUUCUCGUCGAAUCCACCGCAUUCAUCAUAUUCCUCAUUAUCGCUGCUUGCAUGUCGCCGAUCUGCACCCUUCUCGCAAUGUAUUUGCUGAAAAAAAGGAAGAAGCAGAAAAAGAAUCGAUUUUUGGGCGGUCGAGGCGGCUCAUUGUCGUGCUCUCGGCAUAGUAUUAUGGAGACAAAUAUUCUAUACCGUCCAACACAAGAAGUGAAUGGAACUGCUGUCGAAUGGAAGAUUCAAGGGCAAGAUGUCGCUGUGGGUACCGUCAUUGGCGAAGGGGCGUUCGGACUCGUCUAUAAGGGCAUCCUUCGUGGUCCCAAUGGACAGGUCUUGCGAGUUGCUGUUAAACAACUCAAAGCAAAUGCAAUUGACGAGGAAAAAGAGGAAUUUGUGAGGGAAAUCAAAAUGAUGCAGACGGUUGGGCAGCAUGAGAACAUAGUUGCCAUGUAUGGCUACUGUAUGGAUGAUAGCUUGCAGUGCAUGAUAAUGGAAUACGUGCCUUUUGGGGAUUUGAAGCAUUAUUUGCAGAAUAUCAAAAAACAGAAUGAGGCGGAUCUUUGCCUUGAUCCGAUCGAAGCUCAUUCGUUUGCUGAGCAAAUUGCGAAUGGAAUGGCUCAUCUCGAGUCACUGGGAAUAAUUCAUCGCGAUCUCGCUGCUCGAAACAUUCUUGUCGGCACUGGAAAAGUGCUGAAAAUAUCGGAUUUUGGGAUGUCUCGUCCAGGCGUUUACAUCAAAAUGAGCAAAGGAGUCAUCCCGUUGCGAUGGCUGAGCCCCGAAGCAAUUCGUGAGAACACCUAUUCGUCAAAAAGUGAUGUUUGGGCAUACGCUGUUCUUUUAUGGGAAAUCGCAACACUUGGAGGAUUUCCCUAUGCGAAUAUUGCCGACAAGGAUAUCUACAAUCAUUUGAUUGAAGGAAAUCGACUUGAGAAGCCACCAAAUUGUCCUGACGAAACGUAUAAUCUAAUGAAAGCGUGUUGGGAAAUCGAAGCGCAUGAUCGACCAACUUUUCGAACAAUAUGUGAAUUAUUGAAUCAAAACAUGAACGUCCUAGUGCAGGGCGCCGUAAAUGCGCUAGGAUAUCUGGAAAAUGGCAAAUAUCACAGAGAGCCGGAUUGCUUUGAAACAAUUCGAGAUAUCAUCAGAUACCUUCGAAUGGACACACCGGAAUUAUCAGCUCGUGUUGAAUGUGGAAGACACAAUAUUAUUGCACAUGAUCUUGUUCCACUGAUUAAAUGUGAAGAUUUAACUGAAGAGAUGUUUGAUGUUGCAGUAAGACUUUUGGUCAAUUUAUGCCAGCCGACAAUUGCGAGUAUGAAUGGUAAAGCUCCAGAAGAUCGAGAUCAAUGGAGACUUUAUUGGGAACUGGAGGAGAAUCUGCGAAGGGCGAAACACGCAUUUGUUGAUGUUGAUUUCUUCAAGGCUCUUAAACGGAAUAUUGAUACUUUUGUGGAAACGGAUUAUGAUGAGCGCGACGAGAAUUCGAGACUAGUCGUCGAGCGAAUUGUCCUACUUAUUCGGUACAUUUUCUCGAUUAAUCAGGACAAAACUGAUCCAAGAAGAACAAAAGUUGAGGAUAACUGCCAUGAUCGUGUGGUUCUGUCAUUUUUCAAUUCUGGCCUUCAUCGCACUUUGAUGAAUAUUGCUAAUCAACCGAAAGAGCGUGAAUUUCAUGUGACAAUUAUGGAUAUUUUCGCGCUUCUCUUAAAAGAAAUUAAAUGUGAUGAUUUGGUGAAUCUUGAUGAUGAAGUGAACGCCGAGGAAAAGAAGAAAAUUGAAAGCGAUUUUAAGCAAAUCAUCGAGAAAAAUGCAGUUAACGAGGCGCAAAAAAGAAGAUCAUUUUCAAGAUUCGGAGGAUCUUAUGUAGUUAAAGGAAUGAAAUCGCUCUCUACAUCAUCGGAACAAGUGAUUUUUAAACCGGUUCAGAAUAUCACAGCACAUUCAUUCGGUGAUGAAAGAAAAAUGAAAAAGCGAAUCGCAAGGAAUCGAAGGCCUUUUGAAGUUGAGCAAAUAACUCACCGAGCAUCAAGAGAAGUGAGAAAAAGCCUACAGACGAUGGUAAUGACAAUGAUUGACGUGUGCUUUAAUAGAAUGAUGAAGUCAGCAAAGCAGAUCGUCUUCGAGCAAAAACAAAUGAUCCAUCGCACAUCGCAGAUCAAUUAUUUCUUUCUUAUUAAAUUCUUUGCCCGAUUCGUUCGUUUGUCGAAAAUCGAGUUAAGCAAAAUCUCCCAAUGCACCGGAGUUGAAGCAUUCCAUGAGAACAACGUUCGUUUAAUCGAAUACAUUGAGAAUGCAUGUACUUUGAAAGGAAUGGAAGCGAAAGCUUUUGGACUCAAAGCGCAAUUUGCAUUGGAGGCUUAUAAUGAGUUGAUUCUAUUGCAUCAAUAUGCAUUUGAGAAGGGCUCAGAAACCGAGAAACAAAUGGCUCGAAAAGCUUUAGAUCACAUUUUGAAGAUUGAAGAAUAUCGAGAUUUGUCGUCAGCGCUGAUCACCAAAUUUUCGCCAGCAGUCCUCUCAAAAACGUACCUUUCUCAAUUAAUAAUCACAACUCACAAUUAUCUGAGACUUCUUGAAAAGUUUGUAACGAGCGGAACUCUGAAAAAAGUGACGAAAAAGAAGAAAAUCAAGAAGACGAGAAAAUCGGCAAAAAGACAUCUGGUUGAUGAGGAUAAUCGUGCUCAGUUUGAUGAUAUGUCGCAGGAAAAAUUAGAAAAACUUUGGGAGGAAAGUGUCGAUCAUUUAGAAAAGGUUUUGCUAGGAGAAAUGCCCGAAAUCGAAGGAAUGAAUCCAUUGAUGUUACACUUGGAAAUUGACGACAAAACACAACAGCAAUUCGCAAUGCUUGGAAUUCAAAGAUCUCUGCGAUCGAAAUGUUUUCCGGCUGCUGUUGGUUUGUAUCAUGCUGCGAGAAAAGUGUGGUUGACCAGCGGAAUCUUUGGAAGUGAUGAGAUGAGCCGAGAAGAGGAGCUCGAAGAGCUAAAGCAGAUUUGCAUUGCUGAUUUGAAGAGUGUAGCUGUUGAAUUGAAAAAGGCGGAGGAGGCUAAUGCAGUGGAGGUUGACGAUGCAGAACUUGAGGAAGAAAGAAGUGAGGAUGAAGAAGACGAUGAGGAAGAUGUUCCCGGAUGGGAAGUUGAAGAAGUUGAGUUUGAGAUGGAUAUUUAUGUGUCGAAAUUUGCCAAAAUCGAUGUUCUUCGAUGGUAUGUAUUCCUUCUCAAUGACUUUUCCAAAAACUCGAUUGAACUCAACAAGGCGCUCGUCAAAAUGCUUCAUCGAAUUGCUGUCGAUCUGAAAAGUGUGACCCGUUUGUUCCAAAUUUCUCUAUUCCACGUCUUUUGGAAUGUCGAUGAAUACUUUUCGAGCAUUCCGAAAGAUCGUCACAAAUCGAGUCCACUGUAUGAGCUUUAUCAGUUUGGAUACUAUGUCCUCAAAAAGUUCUUCAUCAAAUACAACGAAUUCGAGUCGGGACCCGAUUUGGCUGCCGAAGUUUUGUUUUGGAAAAGCGCAAAAGAAGUGUACGAAAUUGAGAAUGGCUAUGGAUCUUAUGAUAAAUGUCGGACGGCGGAAUCGAAAGUUUGGACGGAAGAGCUUGAAGUCGAGCUCAGGAGUCUUUAUGAUGAAUAUAAAACUCAGGAAUCUGAAACUGAUGGCAUUGAUGUUCUUGACUACAUUGAACACAAUUUGUCGCGGCAACGAACACGACGUCAAAUUUUCCGAAAACUCAAAGAAUUCGGACUUGACUUGUUGGGAGCUAAACAGAAAAGAGGGUAUUGGUCAAUGGACAUGAAUUUCCCGGUUGUCGAAAUGAAAAAAAUCUACGAUGAAUGGAAGACGUUAGAGAGCAAAGAUAAAGUUGAUGUGAUCGAAAUGAUCCGAGAUCGACUAGCUGAUUCAUACGGGCCAGUUUCUCGGAAAAGAGUCAUUAAACAGCUCUCAUAUGCCGAUAUUUUAUACGAAAAACCGAAAAAAGAGAAGAAACUUCCUGAAUGGCCUGAAGGACUUGUUGAAGAAUUGGCUGCUCUAAAAACUCAAUAUGAAGAAAUUGAUGAUGCUCAAAACCUUCUCGGUGUCGAUAUUGUUCGAUAUGUUGUGAAAAGACUCAGUGAGAAGAAACCAGUGUCGCAGAUUGUUCGACAUCUUACGGCUAUGGGCGCGAAAUGCCCGGAACAGAAACCUCGAAAUAAGGAGCAUGUGAAGAGGCGAUUGAAAAAAGACGAUUUUUUGAACGACGACGAAGAAGUAGAAGAAAAAGAGAACAAUUCUGGAGGGUCGUCGGAAGAAGAAGAAGAAGAAAAAGAUGAAGAAGAAGAGAAGCGUGAAGAUAAUGAUGAAGUAGAUCAGGAGAAACAUGAGCGACCGAAAGUUGCAGAAAAGGAGAAUGUUUUGCAGCCGGUGGUAGAAAAAUCGCCUGUAAAUAAUGUCAUGCGGAUUGGACAAAAUCGAAAACGGCGAUUUGCGCAACUGUUCGAGAGUGAUAGCGAAGAAGAUGACGAUGAUGAUGAGGGUCAGGAGAGUAACAAAUUCGAAGACAGCGAUGAGGAUAAAUUUGGUUUCAAGAAGCGCUUUAUGAGCGAUUUACUAACGAACGGUUCAGUUGCCAGUGUUACUGAAGACGAACCGAUUAGUACUCAUGAUCCAUUCACAACGGUUGUCAAACAUAAACGUCGGAUUGUUGUCUCCGAUGAUGAGGAUGACGAUUAA